CCCAAUACCCAGAGGGUCACUGUGGUGUUCUUAAGAAAUGGAAGUUGUUAGCGCCGUGGCAUCGGUCACAACUCUUGUGGCUCUUGCGAAGGAAAUAUGGACGAUUGCGGGUGACCUUGUGCGGAAUUUCCAAAAUGCACCAAAAGAGCUUAUCCGAAUAUCGAAUCAGACGUCUCUCGUGUAUCUGGAGCUCGAAUGCGUCAACCGAAUGCAACAAGAGGGGGGUUUUCGUACUUCGCUCACUGAUGAAGAGACCUGGAUCUUUCAGCAGUCACUUACUGUGGCCAAGAAUAGCAUCGUCAGUAUUCAUAAAGACUGUAAAAAAUACUCCGCGAGCAAAUGUCGAAUAUCAUCGCGAUUUGCAUGGACCAUAUUUGACAGCAAAACAGUCGACGUUCAUAUGGCCCAUUUGCAAAGAAUUGAAAGCAGCAUUACCGUCAUUCUUCAAGUUCUCAACAUGAAAACAAGUAUGAAAGCACGUGACGAAAACGAGACUAGUACUGCAAACAUUCUCCAAGCGCUGAAGGCGUACCAUGAAGAAGUACGAACCGGAUAUAGUUGUAUAAACGGGGAUACUUGUCCGCCCUCAGCAUCCUCGGACAUUGAAUCGACUAUUGCAUUUCGGUAUCUAAAUGCUUUCGAACUCCCUAAAAUUUGGAAGUCGGUUUUAGGAAGUGAAAUGACACUGAUAACAUCCCAAAAUGACUUCCAACAAUGCUACGAAUUCUACACAAGAAUGCCAUUCGUAUCCUUCACGGGACGUAUGUCUUUCAUCCUAUCGCUCUCUCUCAGACGCACACGAACCUUUUGGCCAAACUUCUCGAUACUCGCUGGUCACUUGAAUUUUGCGAAUGUAGUUCCAGUGCAAUCCGAAAUCGUUAAUGCUUGUAAGAAGGGGGAUCUGAUUGCCGUUCGCGACCUAUUUCGACAAAAAAAGGCUGCCCCGACCGAUGUAUCAGAAGACGACAGGGGUCUUCUUUGGUUUGCCACGCAAAGUGGAUCGGUUGAGCUUGUCCGUUUUCUCGUCCACGCUGGAGCCCCGGUGAGGCCAAACGCUUUUCUUAGUACGGCUUACUGGCGACAACCUGAAAUUUUACGCCUUCUUCUCCACACUGGCGCAAAUGUGGAAGUUCUCGGUGUGAAUGGGUUCACUGCAGCCUCAUUUCUUUAUGGGCCUUCACGAGAUCCUGUUCCACAAACAGAAUAUCUUGAAGUCUUAGCAUGUAAUUCCUUUUCAAACUUCAACGCAAAAGAUCAUACGGGAUGGACUGCACUGCAUCGUGCAGCUGCAUUUGGCACAUCCGCUGAUGUAAAAACAUUGCUGAGAAUGAAGGCGUCGAUCGACUCCCGCACCUAUAGUCUCAAGUGGACGCCCUUGUUCUGCGCUGUCUGCUUUUAUAACAUGGAUACCUUGCAAGAACUUUGGACUCAACAUAAUGAUCCUACCUUGAAAGACCAACAGGAUCUUCGCGGGUGGAAUCUAUUACAUAUUGCAGCUGGUGCAGGAAAUUUCGAAGCUGCGUUAUUUCUAUUGCAGCAAGGAGUCGACCAACGAGCGGCCAGCAGAGCAACUUCACGAUUCGUUCCUCCCGCGCUCCGCGACCGAUGUGUAACGCCAGGUGAAGUCGCACGAAAUUGCGGAGAAGAUGCCUACAAAAAGUGGACAGAAGCAUUGAGUGGCGCAGGACAUGAAGUCGAUGUUCGCCCCGAAGACAUCGACUGGGGAACUGAGGAUGUCGAUGGAAAACUUGGGGGUUGUGAGUGCUGUGAGAACUGGGGCUUCUAUCGAGGUGGCCACCAAUUCGUUAACAAUCGACCCAUUUUUAUCCAUACCGUCUAUCGACAGUGACGCAUCAGAACAAACAUCUUCUCUUCCGGUGGCACUCCUGUGCCGGCCUCGGUUAGAAGUAGUCUAGGAUGUUGGGUCUCCGAAAAAUAAUUAGCAUGGAGGGGAAAAGAGAAAGCGAUAUGGGCCAGCAUAAGUUCAUUCCCCGGUCGACAACUACAACGGUUUCUAGGGUGUCCUUCUUUAUGAAUAUGUUUCCCGGGAGGAAGUCGUCGCAGAUUAGUUUGAAAGAACCAGAGUCGUAUUUCUUAGAGACGAAGUAUAGUGCAAGGGCUAUUUCCUCGUUGGCGGAGGAUGUAUUUCGGCGAGCGUCAUCGGAAUCGUCUACGGAGUUCCUUUCUUCACGUAGGUGUGAAUAUUCUGUUGGACGAGACUGCUGAAGUAUUCGGCGACGGUUCGAAAAAGCUCUCAUAAAAUGCAGGAUUGCGCCCAAAGUACGAAACACAGGCUUCCUCCCUGGUAGUACCGAACUCUCCUAGAGUUCUUUGGCGAU